UCCUGAUAACAUCACGCGUAUAAAAGGGCUGCAUCGUUUUAUACGCCGGGUCUUCACUUCGGGUUCCUUGAGGUGUCCAGUGCGAAAAGAACUGAUAAGCAUGUUGUACCAGUUGAUGCUUGUGUGUGUGUGCGUGGUGGCGUGCUCGGCGGAGUUCUACCAGGUGCCGAAGGACGACUACUCCCCGGAGCGGCUGCGGCAUGAUAGAGAGGAGCUGAAGAGGAGGAUAGAAUGCUUCAUGGACCGGGGACCCUGCACCCACAUUACGGCGGCUUAUAGAAAAUGCGCAGAGGAUAUGGUAUUGACCGCAUGCAUAAAAUGUUCGCCAGAGCUCAAGAGCCUGGCCCAGGCGUUCCUGAACGGAGUGAAGGAGAAUUACCCGGCGGCCUACAAGGAGCUGAUCUUAAAGUAUGACCCUACGACGUUGAACUUCAACGCGUUUGAGUCAGCCGUUGGUGUCAUCAAGACCAUUCUGUCGGCCUUGCCAUCUCUACCUUCGGGAGCAUCGGUACCUUCUAUUCCGUCAGUACCUUCUAUUCCGUCAGUACCUUCUAUUCCGUCGGUACCUGGUAUUCCAUCCCUUGCAUCAAAACCCUCGCUACCUCUAUUCCCGUCGUGGCAAAAAUCUUAAAUAGAGAUAAGCGUAGCAUAUUGCAUCAUUUGA